UAGAAGAAUACUGUUUUGAGCUCAAUUUGUCUGUAAAAAUUUGUAAAAUUUAUUGUUCUUCAACAUGUACAAAGUAUAUUCCAAAGCCAACAUUUAUGUUUCGGGGAAAAUAUAUUUCAACAAUAUUUUUUUUGAUGCCGCAAAACAAAUGGGGAAAACUGUUCAUGUGUCAUCUGCAAAUAAAUUUCCACUAGCUGCAGCUUUAAAACUGCCUAUUAAUAUAGUUGACAUAAAUGCCGCUGAAAUGGGCAGAUUUUCACCGCAAAGAGAAAGAGAUAUAUCUGGUCCAGUAAUCAAUUCAUAUUAUGAAAAGCAGCAGGACCGUCACUUUGGCAUUGAUAUCACAGUUCAAUCUGAUCCUCAUUUCAAUAAAUAUGACUGCAGAGGUGCUGUUAGCCUAUCUUCUUCAAUGCAGAGCAAUGUACCAAGCCCAUUCACUGGUAACGACACGCAUCUCAACAUGCCAGGUUCUCAGUGGGGACAAGGUCACAAAUACUUGUCUGACCACCUGCACAGUGCUCACUACUUAACUUUGAGAAAUGAAUAUCGUAACAAACUUUUUAGCAACGUUGUAACAAUUGGGACAAGACACAUGAGUACUGAUGAAAAUUCAACAUCUGCAAUGAGCACUAAAGAAAAAUUGAAAAAGGCUGUGAAAGAGUAUGGUUCCACAGUGGUUGUGUUUCAUGUAACAAUUUCCGUUUUCUCUCUGGGGGCAUGCUACCUCCUUAUAUCUAGCGGAGUAGAUCUGGUGGCGCUUUUAAAUCGUAUUAAUAUUGGCGAAGGAACACUGACCAGGAUAGCGUCAUCAAACGCUGGUUUAUUUGUAGUUGCAUAUGCAGUACAUAAAGUAUUUGCACCAGUAAGAUUAGGUAUUACGUUAACAGCUACACCUUUCAUUGUAAGAUACCUUAGGAAUAAAGGAAUUUUAAAACAUAAGGCAAAUGGUGUUGGGAAUUAAAUCAUUGGAAUCAAUUUGGUAUUUUAUUUGUAGUUUUUUCAAUAUAAUUAUAUUCCUACCUACCAAAUGUUUUCAAAGAGUGA